GUUUGAUACUGUUUUGCACUGUUUAGUGUAGAUUUGUAAGACAAAUAAGGAAUUGUAAAGUUUAAUAUUACACUGGAAAAAGGAAAGUGUAAAGAUAAAUAAGAAAAAAGAAAUUGACAUGAAUAGGACUUGAACAUACGAAAGAUGCAAAAACAGGACCGUGCCUUUUAAAUUCCCAAUAUAGGAGUCUUUAUUCCAUUUAAAUUGGACCGUGCCUUUUAAAUUCCUAUCUUACCCUUAUCACAUUUAAUUUUAGAUUGUCCACUUUCCAUCCUGUCAAGCAUGUCGCAUAUGUACUGUCUCACCCAACAACUCUUUUAACAUCCUCUCUCUCUCCUUGCAUAACAUUUACGUCUUUCACCCCAUUUCCCAUCUUCCCAUUCUUCCUGUUGGGAUAUAUUAUCCCGGCCUAUUACUGUUCAUGAGUCCAAGGCUUUACGUAGUACGGAGCCCGAGCAGCUAGGCCCAUUUCGGCCCAUCCGGCCCACUUUAGCCAUUUGGGCCCACUCUGGCCCGUUUGGCCCAUUAGGGUGGAGAGCCCCUUCUCCCCUUCCCCUAUUUAUAGGAGGUUUUCCCUCCAUGUAAAGGACUUCCUUCUUCCUUCUCCCUCUAGAAUAGCUCAAAUACUCCAUGAAUGGAGCUCAAAAUGUACUAUGUAAUGGUGAGGAGAGCCUAAUGAGAAUUGAGAGGGCUUGGACAUUAGCCUAAAAAGUCCCGUGGUUUUCUCCCUUUCGGGUUUCCACGUAAAAAUAGUUUGUUCAUACACAUUUAUACAUAUAUUUACUAUAUCGUGUUGGAUUAAACUCAACACUGGCGCCGUCUGUGGGAAUCUGUCCAAAAAGAUUCAUGUGUUCUAUUGUUCUUGGGUUUCUAAAAAAAAUCAUACGGAUGAACUGGAUUCCAGAAAAGAAAAAAGGAAAGAAAUGGCUCUGAGGGAAGAAGAAACGAAGAAGGUACAGAAAUUGGGAAGCCAAAUCUGGAUUUUUGUUUCCAAGUCUGUUUUUGAAGUCGCCGGAGCCACCGCCGUACCCGCCGGCAGGGAGCCUCCGUGGUGUUAGCCGGCACCAGAAAAAGCUCGCUUAAGCACCCCAAAUCUCAUAGCACCUACAACACAGCUGCUCGUCACGCGCAGCUGCUUCUGCCGCCUAAAGUCGCCGCACCGCCGCUCGCCGCCGGCGGUCAACCACCGACUACCCCUCCGCCUGGUCAGUCACGGGGCGAGCCUCCACCAGCCAUCCUGUUCGACCGCUGUGACCUGAGGACCUGCCGACUGGGAGUUUGAUUUCCGCCAUUAAUGGUGUUUUUUAAGCUCAAAGGAAGUAAAAUCUGAAGCUCAAAAGAUCUCCCAACGAAACUACACCCUCUGGCCGGCCUUGCUCUGCCGUGACCACCAUCUCCACCGACGGAAGGUGGCCGGCACGUGCAGCCUGCUGAUGGGUUGGUAGAAGGCUGUUCCAUCUGUCUGUCCUAAGAGGUACACUCCGCGUAAAUGCCUUGGUCUGAAGCUGACCACGUCCGCAAGUUUUGGGACCAAGAAUAGAAGGUUGGCUGCUUUGGAAGAGUUGACCAGCAGCUGGGUCUGCACAAUAUGAUAAAAGGGAAGCAAAUCUGGCUCUACAUAGCCUCGUUACUGGCCGAGUCUUUAACUUGGAAGCUAAGUGCCACUUACUCCCUUUAUUUAAGUAUUCGAAUAAUGAAGCAUGAUUAAAUAUUGCAAUUAAUUUGUAUCACCAUUAUUUAUUAGGGAUUGAAACUCCCGAAAUUAAAUAAUGAGAGCGAUGCUCUAAGUGAUAAUUAGUUUUACCGUCAUUUAAAUUUAAUGACUGGUUGUUGUGUGCCUGUUGGCCCGCUCCUGAUCGGCUUUAAUUAGCGAACGGAGUAUACUUGAAUGGCCUUCGAUAGGGAAGUAUCAUUGCUAUUACCGGUUAUGUCACUAUUAUUUAUUAGGGGUAAAAUGUCCCGAAUUAAAUAAUGUCGAGCGAGGCUCAAGUGAUGGUUAGUUCAGCUAACAUUUUAUUAAGUAUUUAAUUUCUUGUGGGCCCGUGGGUCCACUCUCGAUCAGCUUGAUUAAGCGAUCUGAGCGUCUCCAAAAGGGCGAUGCCCCGACGACGCAUUUUAAUUGAGGGGUUACGCAUUGGUCCGCAUGGCACCAAGUGCCCGAGCGACGAUCGUACCCUAGUACCAUCUACGCCACUAGGCGAAGUGACUGUGCCAAACGCGGCCUGUGGGGCCCGAGGGCACCGAAGUGCUCAACCUCAUUUUUUCGAGGGUAGUGCGACCAACUUGGGUCUGAGUUUGAAAACUCACGGACCGGUGAAUAUUUCUAUGUGACGUUCGGCAGGCUGCUAAUUGGCCCCGCCGCAAGCUGCUACGUCCAUUAACCCCGCACGAUGAGCCGGGUCGAGGGUCACGAUGACCCAUAGGCCGGUAAUCGUGGGUGUUAGAGGGAAGCCACGAUGACCCAUGCAGAUGGUUAUGUGUGCAUAUUUAUUAUCGGGCCGUGCGGCCCGUUACCAUGCUUAUUGCGCAGCCGAAGCCGCUCGACGCGCUUGAGCGAAAUGAUUAGAAGACGCUCGGCCCGAGUCUUGAAGACGUGCAGGGCUGGCUAAAGAGGAGACCAUCACGGCUGAGGACCGUGAGACGAGCAUCUCCACCUAGAGGCCGAGGGCCUAGAGGAGACCACCACGGUUGAGAACCGUGGGACGGGCAUCUCCACCCCAGAGACCGAUGGCCUAGGGAGAACACCUAGAGGCCAAGGAUCUAGAGGCGAAUGCCAUGACAGAGAACCGUGAGACGAUCAUCCAUCAUUCGGAGGCCGAGGGCCUAGAGGAGACCAUCACGACCGAGGGCCGUGAGACCAUCCUGAUUUUUAGGUCGGCCUCCCAUCGCCGACACCAUUAUAUCAUGACCGGCCUCUCGGCCCGACGUGAUUAUCAUAUUUGAAGACCGGCCUUGUCCCCGCCCUCGCGGACGAGGGCCGUUGCUUGAUUCUUUCAGAUCGGCCUCUCAUUGCCGACACUGUCAUAUCAUGUUCGGCCCCCCCGGCCCGGCGUGAUUAUCAUCUUUGAAGACCGGCCUCGUCCCCGCCCUCGCGGACGAGGACCGUUGCUUGAUUUUCUCAGAUUGCCCCCCAGGCCGACACUGUUACAUGGCCACCGACCCCCUGGUACGGCGCCAUUAUCAUCUUUGAAGACCGGCCUCGUCCCCGCCCUCGCGGACGAGGACCGUUGCUUGAUUUUCUCAGAUCGCCCCCCAGGCCGACACUGUUACAUGGCCACCGACCCCCUGGUACGGCGUCAUUAUCAUAUUUGAAGACCGGCCUCGUCCCCGCGCUGCGCGGACGAAGACCAUUGCUGGAUUUCUUUCAGGUCGGCCUCUCAUCGCUGACAUCAUUAUAUCACGACCGGCCUCUCGGACCGGCGUGAUUAUCAUAUUUGAAGACCGGCCUCGUCCCCGCCCUCGCGGACGAAGACCAUUGCUUGAUUCUUUCAGGUCGGCCUCUUACUGCCGACACUAUCAUGUUAUGUUCGGCCUCUCGGCACGACAUAUUUAUCUUUUGAAGACCGGUUUCAUCCCCGCGCUGCGUUGGAUGAGAGCCGUUGCUCGGAUAUAUCGGCCUGACUAGACACUAUUGCCAUCUCCAUUAUCAGGACCGACUGCUCAGCGACAUUAUGAUCAUUGUAUAUCGGCUCCCAAUGCCGACCUUCUUGAGUUAGCGAUCGGGCUCACCCCUCCCUUCAGGAGGGUGACCAUCGCCUUCGCAUGACGACCAGCAUUUCCAUCGCCUCGUCAUUCUAUUCAUUUUGAUAUCCCACCACCAUUAUGUGUGACAUCACUUGUGGUUACUCUUGGAACCGACGAACGUAUUUUCCUCCCUCAAAAAAAAAAAAAAAAAAAAAAAAGAAGAAAAAAAAAAAAGAUGGGGAGAAGGGGAGACGAGAUCCUAUGAGAGAGGGAGUCUUGACGAGGUAUGUCUGAUCUUCCUUCGCCGCGUAUGACGAACGUCUCCCGACGCGGAGGCUAGUAGGAACGUGGGGGGGGCUAGACGUACCAAAGGGAACCUCGGCAAGAUAAACCAGUUCCUCCCAUGACCCGUGGUUCGAUGAACACCUUCUGCCAAAGCAGAAGGCUAGUAGGGCCACGAGCAUGGGACGACGAAGCAGGGAAUCCCGACGUGGAUAAACCAGUGACCUCCUUGCGAUCGUUGGAUGACCGAACGUCUUCUUCGAAGUAAGAAGAUUAGUAGGACCACGACGGGGACGAACGAAGAAUAGGGAAUCCCGACGUGGAUAAACCUGUUCCUCCUUGCGAUCGUUGGAUGACCAAACGUCUUCUUCGAAGUAAGAAGAUUAGUAGGACCACGACAGGGACGAACGAAGAAUAGGGAAUCCCGACGUGGAUAAACCUGUUUCUUCUCAUAGUUGGGAUGACGAACGUCUCCUGCGAAACCAGGAGACCAGUACUCACGAGACUUGGGAAGAACGAAGAACCGAGUUCUUUACCGGAGUCUGUUGCGUGCCGAGUGUACACCGCUUAGCGGUCCAUACAUAGGACCACGGAUACGGUAGACGAACGAAGACCAGCUCCAUGGAUCAGACAUGAUGGACCAGUUCUUUACCGGAGUCUGUGCGUGCCGAGUGUACAUCGCUUAGCGGUCCGUACAUAGGACCACGGAUACGGUAGACGAACGAAGACCAGCUCCAUGGAUCAGACACGAUGGACCAGUUCUUUACCGGAGUCUGUGCGUGCCGAGUGUACACCGCUUAGCGGUCCGUACAUAGGACCACGGAUACGGUAGACGAACGAAGACUAGCUCCUCAGAUCAGAUGGGAGGGACAUCACCCAGAUUUAUUUCAGGCUCACCAUUCCUUCCCGAAAGGAGUCCUGACAGACGAUUGGCUUCCCACAGCCAAUCGGGAGAGAGACUUGACACAUCACCAGCACGGCCGAGGGCCGCGAGACGAUUAUCACUCACCGACAGGCCGAGGGCCAUGAGAUGAUCAUCACUAUUUUUCUGUAUCACGAUCGGCCCUUCAGCGCCAUCGUACCCAGCUCACGGUUCGGCUCGUCCAUCCCUUCCAGGGUGGCGACGAACGUCUUGUGCAUCACGAUCGGCCCCUCAGCGCCAUCGUGUCCAGUUCACGGUUCGGCUCGCCCAUUCCCUCCAGGAUGGCGACGACCAUCUUGUGCAGUAUGAUCGGCCCCUCAGCGCCAUCGUACCCAGCUCACGGUUCGGCUCGUCCAUCCCUUCCAGGGUGGCGACGAACGUCUUGUGCAUCACGAUCGGCCCCUCAGCGCCAUCGUGUCCAGUUCACGGUUCGGCUCGCCCAUUCCCUCCAGGAUGGCGACGACCGUCUUGUGCAGUAUGAUCGGCCCCUCAGCGCCAUCAUACCCAGUUCACGGUUCGGCUCGCCCUUUCCCUCCAGGAUGGCGACGACCGUCUUAUGCAGUACGACCGGCCACUCAGCGCCAUCGUACCCAGCUCACGGUUCGGCUCGUCCAUCCCUUCCAGGGUGGCGACGAACGUCUUGUGCAUCACGAUCGGCCCCUCAGCGCCAUCGUGUCCAGUUCACGGUUCGGCUCGCCCAUUCCCUCCAGGAUGGCGACGACCGUCUUGUGCAGUAUGAUCGGCCCCUCAGCGCCAUCGUACCCAGCUCACGGUUCGGCUCGUCCAUCCCUUCCAGGGUGGCGACGAACGUCCUGUGCAUCACGAUCGGCCCCUCAGCGCCAUCGUGUCCAGUUCACGGUUCGGCUCGCCCAUUCCCUCCAGGAUGGCGACGACCGUCUUGUGCAGUAUGAUCGGCCCCUCAGCGCCAUCGUACCCAGCUCACGUUCAGCUCAUCCAUCCCUUCCAGGGUGGCGACGAACGUCUUAUGCAUCACGAUCGGCCCCUCAGCGCCAUCGUGUCCAGAUUCACGGUUCGGCUCGCCCAUUCCCUUCCAGGAUGGCGACGAACGUCUUUAUGCAGCACGAUCGGCCUCUCAGCGCCAUCGUGUCUGGCUCAUGUUCGGGCCGCCCAUCCCCUCCAGGACGGCGACGACCGUUUUAUGCAGCACGAUCGGCCCCUCAGCGCCAUCGUGUCUCUUUCACGUUCGGAUCGCGCAUCCCCUCCAGGAUGGCGACGACCGUCUUAUGCAGCACGAUCGGCCCCUCAGCGCCAUCGUGUCUCUUUCACGUUCGGAUCGCGCAUCUCUUCCGGGAUGGCGACGAACGUCUUAUGCAGUGCGAUCGGCCCCUCAGCGCCAUCGUACCUGGCUUCACGGUUCGGCUUGCACAUUCCCUCCAGGAUGGCGACGACCGUCUUAUGCAGCACGAUCGGCCCCUCAGCGCCAUCGUGUCUCUUUCACGUCCGGAUCGCGCAUCCCUUCCAGGAUGGCGACGAACGUCUUAUGCAGUGCGAUCGGCCCCUCAGCGCCAUUGUACCUGGCUUCACGGUUCGGCUCGCACAUUCCCUUCAGGAUGGCGACGACCGUCUUAUGCAGCACGACCGGCCCCUCAGCGCCAUCGUGUCUCUUUCACGUCCGGAUCGCGCAUCCCUUCCAGGAUGGCGACGAACGUCUUAUGCAGUGCGAUCGGCCCCUCAGCGCCAUCGUACCUGGCUUCACGGUUCGGCUCGCACAUUCCCUUCAGGAUGGCGACGACCGUCUUAUGCAGCACGAUCGGCCCCUCAGCGCCAUCGUGUCUCUUUCACGUUCGGAUCACGCAUCCCCUCCAGGAUGGCGAUCGACCGUCUUAUGCAGCAUGAUUGGCCCCUCGGCGGCAUCAUGUCUAGUCCACCUUCGGCUCCGCCCAUGCCAUCUCGGAUGGGGGACCCGUCUUAUGCAGCACGUCUGCUUGUCGGCGCUGACAUGCCCGGGUUAUCGAUGAGAGCUACUGCUUCUAUCACAUCUUGCAUUCCCUCUCUCAUACAUUACAUACAUACAUUACAUGCAUACAUACAUUCAUGCAUCAUACCUCAUACAUUCAUACAUACACACGUGCAUCAUGUUUUGAUAGUACCGCGACGUCGAGUUAUAGAUGAUGGACCUCUAAGCUUCUCCGAUUGGAAAGCUCGAGUCAGAGUCCUUUACUCCCGCCUGAUGCAUUCAGGGGGAGUGUGCCCGUGGAGGAGCACCCUUCGCCCGACCCUAUCGGGAAGGGGGGUGCCUCACUGGUAGAUUACGUUCAGGAGUGCAGACACUCACUCAUAUAUGAUGAUUAUGUGAAGACACAGUUUCCAGCAAGACAGAGGAAGAGCGCAGGCAGAGUAUAUUUUCUCGAGCAGAUUCGCGAGCUCACUACUCAAGAAACUGGGGGACUUGUGUUGGGAUAUAUUAUCCCGGCCUAUUACUGUUCAUGAGUCCAAGGCUUUACGUAGUACGGAGCCCGAGCAGCUAGGCCCAUUUCGGCCCAUCCGGCCCACUUUAGCCAUUUGGGCCCACUCUGGCCCGUUUGACCCAUUAGGGUGGAGAGCCCCUUCUCCCCUUCCCCUAUUUAUAGGAGGUUUUCCCUCCAUGUAAAGGACUUCCUUCUUCCUUCUCCCUCUAGAAUAGCUCAAAUAUUCCAUGAAUGGAGCUCAAAAUGUACUAUGUAAUGGUGAGGAGAGCCUAAUGAGAAUUGAGAGGGCUUGGACAUUAGCCUAAAAAGUCCCGUGGUUUUCUCCCUUUCGGGUUUCCACGUAAAAAUAGUUUGUUCAUACACAUUUAUACAUAUAUUUACUAUAUCGUGUUGGAUUAAACUCAACACUUCCCAUUCAUAAUUUCUUUUGAAUUCAUCUCAUCUCUUAUCCCCAUCUCUGGCAUCAAGCAAACUUUUCUCUCCUAGUCUCUUCCGCCGAUGGUUAAUUUCUCUUCUGCAAAGUCACUCCGGUCAUGUGUCGUAAGUUCUCCGGUUUUCCGACGAUUUCUCCGGUAAGAUAUUCUCCUCCUAAGCUCCUCCUCUUCCAUCUUCUUCUCCCUCACUUAUUUGAUAGUUUAGAAUGAUAAUUUAGUAACUAGAGGUUGGUCGAUUGCGGUUGACAAGCACAUGCACGUUUGACGUGAAUGUUUGGAACCGAUCUUAUGCUUGUUUAUGGGGAGGAUUAGAGUUUUAAGUUCUAUAGGGAUGUGUCGUUAUUAGUUUUGUAGUUAUAUUCACUAGUAAAUUUGAUUAUGUAAGCAUGUAACAAUAAAUCUUUGCAAAUUGCAAUUGAAGGGGAAGAAACAAUGCAACUUUUCAAUUUUAUACAAAGUAGUAGGACAAUAUCGCAAAUAGGGACACAACUAAAAGAAGAAGAACUAGCUAACAAGGAGACAAAACUUUAGAUGGAGGAGAUGUACCACCGAUUGGGGAGAGACAAAAAAACAAACCUUUCUUACCAUGCCGAAAAUACAGGUGUAUCUUUUUCGGCCCACAUAUUUUUUAUAUACACCCAACCCAAUGUACUUUCAGAUGAAAAAAUUGUAAAAUUGUAAAAUUUAUUAACUAUGCAAUUAAAUUUGCAAGGGUUAAAAUUAAAACUAAUUUUAAAACUAACAAUUAAAAUAAUUGGGAGUUAGGAACUAAAAUUAAAAAAAUUCUUAUUCAUAAGGUGUACAAAAAUAGUUACAUAAUUGACUUUAUUUAAAAAUGUCGCAAAACAUUACGGAGUACGUUCUUUAAGAUGUUCGAGAUGGUCUACAAUAUGCCUCGAUCCUCUAGCUAUCUUUAACUCAUUUUUAGUGUAAUGUGCAUAAAUAAAAUUUCUUUUGAAAUGUGAAAUCUUGAACAUGAUCAUAUGAUGACUUAUUUUGAAAAUUACAAAUAUUUGUUUACUCUUGUUUCGGAGAACUUUUUUAAAUUAAACUGUCAUACGCAAAUCCACAAUAAAUUGGAAUUUCCCAAAAAAAAAAAAAAUCUCUAAAGAGGAUCAAAACUAUGAUCAAAUUCACUAAUAGGAUUAUCAUUGUUUCAUUUGCAAAAUAUGAUGACUCAUUCCCUCCUAAUUUUAGGAAGUUUUUAUCAACUUAUCUUUUAAUAGCAUUAAAAGAAUAAAUUACAACACUUAAUCCCAUUUUUACACUUUUUACUUAUAUUUUGGUCCGGUCCGAUAGUAUACAACUUUUAAAGUUUCGACGUUCACCUCCAAAUUAAGUGGGUUUCGGUACCCAACGUUUUUUGUAUUGUACGAUGACACCUUAUCAUUUUAGUACGUAGUAUAAUGCAUUUGUUGAAUUUGUUAUUUAUUCUCUUAUAAAUUAUACUCCGUUAUUAGAAAAAGUGAGAAAAAUACUACUCCACUUUUAAGUUAUUGAAAUUAACUCGGACGUGUGACUAGUUUAAAUGUGAUUAAUUUUUAUUUACUUUUUUUAUACUUUUAAGAAAAACUGUUUUGCGACCAACUGUUUUGCAUAAUCGGAAAUUGUUAGAUUUCAUUGUAACUUCCUUUUAUCAACCUCGAUUAAUUUAUUUUAAACAUUUAGCUAGAUAGCCUCUUCUGAUAAUUUUGGAUCGUGAAAAGCCAUAGUUGAUUUUUUAUUUGGAAAUUGAUUUGAAAACAAUUCAUCUUUUAAGAAACUACAUUUAUAUACAGAGUAUCAAAAUGGCAAUAUUAGUUUUAAUAAAUUGUAUUUAUAAACUGAUAAUAUUUACGCACAUAACAAAUAAUAUCAUUUUUAUGACACCAACAUUUUCAAAAUAACCAUGUUCGUCAUGACCAUUUUACUUUUGUUUUUCUCAUAGUUUACAUUAUGGUUUUAACGUCAUUUUAUCUUAUAAUGCUGCUAUAUUAAUUUCAUAUGAAGCGUCAUAAUUUUUAAUAUGAAAGUAUCAUUUUAUACGGAAAUGUGAUUAUUAUUAUUCAAACAUGGUAGUACAAAACGUGAGAGAUCGGUAGUGUACUCGAUGGAGGAGAUGGGGCACCUCUAGAGACGCAUAGCCCGUCUAAUUAAUUUGGAGGCCCCAGUCUAAAUGUAAAAUCGAAGCUCAUAUUGAUAUAUACAGUUUUAGUCCUCGAUUAAUGCGCAAGAGACACUUUUAGUCUCGACUUCCAAGUUUCCCAAUUUUAAUCUCCUGAGAAUUAUCAAAUUGAUAAUUUUACUCCUUUCACAGAUUUUGACACAAUAACUGGAGGACUAAAAAUGUCACAAUGGCAAUAAUUGAAAGAUCAAAAGUGUCACUUUAAUUAAAAUCGAAUGUCUAAAUAUGGAAAUUGUCAAAGACGGAUAUCAAAAGUAUCAUUCGCAUAGUAGUUAAAAGACUAAAAGUGGAAAAAUUCAAAGUGAAGUAUAAAAAAAUAAAAAAUAUUAGUGAUAUAAUUGUUUGAGUAAUGAAAGUUACAAAAACUCUGCCAACCCCAUCUAUAUUGCCUACUAGGUACGAUAUAAGAAUUGAAGAACCAAUGCAAUAAUAAAAAAGAAUGACACAUCAUUCUUGAGUGCUCCCCAGCACCGACUGGACAGCUAACUGGGAGGAUGUUAAUUGAGCUUUGAUCUCACUCAAAUGGAAAGAGAGUGAGGCUUCAUCCCAAGUCAUUGCUUGGAGUUGACAGGGCCGGUCCCAAGAAAAUACGGGCCCUGUGCAAAAAUAAAAUGUAGGCAUUUUCCUAAAAUAGGUAGAAAUAUAAUAUAAGUGAAGAUUAUAUUUGUAAAAAUUUGCUACAAUAAUAAUUCAUAUAUAUCAAAAUACAAGUUAUUCACUAACAUAAUAGUUAAAAUAAAACUAUCCCUAACAAAAUACACUUCAUUUAUUUGUUAAAUUGAAUUAUAAAUUAAUAGUUAAAAUAAAACUAUUCCCUAACAUCAAUAUAAU